GUACUUCCUCAUAUACCGGUGUAUGGUCCAGUAACGCUCUAUCGGAUUGACAGUAUUUUGAAGGAGCAUGAAAUACUAUAUGGCAAUGGCGUGGAUAUCGCUGUGGCUCCGGAUUUGGAUCCUUUUGACAUGGUGCAACUAGACUGCUUUUUUCUCGCAUCAUUUUUUAAAUGA